GAGCUUUCCCUGAGGGAAUUGCGCGGCACGGAAGUGACGCGCGGGCGGGAAGUGACGGCGGCGGCGGGAGUGCGGCGGCGAGGGGCCGGUGCGGGCCAUGAACAGCCGCCUGCAGGAGAUCCGCGAGCGACAGAAGCUCCGCCGCCAGCUCCUGGCGCAGCAGCUGGGGGCCGAGAACGCGGACAGCAUCGGCGCCGUGCUCAACAGCAAAGAUGAGCAGCGGGAGAUCGCGGAAACCAGGGAGACCUGCAGGGCUGCUUAUGAUACUUCUGCACCAAAUGCAAAACGUAAAUAUCCAGAUGAGGGAGAAGCUGAUGAAGAAGAGAUUGAAGAAUAUAAGGAUGAGGUAGAGCUGCAGCAAGAUGAAGAGAACCUGCCCUAUGAAGAAGAGAUUUACAAAGAUUCCAGUACCUUUCUUAAGGGCACUCAGAGCUUAAAUCCACACAACGAUUACUGCCAGCACUUUGUGGAUACAGGACACAGACCUCAGAACUUCAUCAGAGACGUUGGCUUAGCAGAUAGGUUUGAAGAAUAUCCCAAACUUAGAGAGCUCAUCAGAUUGAAGGAUGAGCUGAUAUCUAAAUCUAACACUCCUCCCAUGUAUUUGCAAGCAGACUUGGAAGCCUUUGAUAUUAGGGAACUGAAGUCCAAAUUUGAUGUGAUUCUCCUGGAGCCACCAUUGGAAGAAUAUUACCGAGAGACUGGCAUUACUGCCAAUGAAAAAUGCUGGACCUGGGAUGAUAUCAUGAAAUUGGAAAUUGAAGAAAUUGCAGCCCCAAGGUCAUUUGUGUUUCUGUGGUGUGGCUCAGGCGAGGGUCUGGAUCUCGGCCGAGUGUGUCUGCGCAAAUGGGGUUACAGAAGAUGUGAGGACAUUUGCUGGAUUAAAACAAAUAAGAACAACCCUGGCAAGACCAAGACUCUAGACCCUAAGGCUGUCUUCCAAAGAACCAAGGAGCACUGCCUCAUGGGCAUCAAGGGCACCGUGCGCCGCAGCACCGAUGGGGACUUCAUCCACGCCAACGUUGACAUCGACCUCAUCAUCACAGAGGAGCCUGAAAUCGGCAACAUAGAGAAACCUGUGGAGAUUUUUCACAUUAUUGAGCAUUUCUGCCUUGGGCGACGGCGGCUUCACCUCUUUGGGAGGGACAGCACAAUUCGACCAGGCUGGCUGACGGUGGGACCCACCCUCACAAACAGCAACUUCAACGCAGAAACGUAUUCCUCGUAUUUCACGGCUCCCAAUUCCCACCUGACCGGCUGCACCGAGGAGAUUGAGAGGCUGCGGCCCAAGUCCCCACCACCCAAGUCCAAGUCUGACCGGGGCGGGGGUGCUCCCAGGGGAGGAGGAAGAGGAGGGACUUCAGCAGGACGGGGUGAAAGGGGCAGGGAGAGGAACAGAACCAACUUCCGUGGUGAGCGGGGCGGCUUCAGAGGGGGCCGUGGAGGGACCCAUCGAGGGGGCUUCCCCACCCGCUGAGGAGGUAACGGCUGCUUCUCCUGGUCUACACUUUGUCUAGGAAUCUUUUCUGUAGUCUUGUUCUUCCUGCAGUGAAUUCCUCUGGGGACUCCAACUAGAUGACUUUUACAAUUGUUUUUGGUGCACGCCGUUGCAGACAGUCGGCCUUGCAGUUUGGCACAGCCCCUCACCUGGCCAUGUCCUGCACGGGCAGCACUGAACUCACAGCAGAGAGCACCAGCCCAUCAUACCACGGGUAGGACCGAAGUGACCCCCUUGCUCUCCCCUGAGGAACCUUGCAAGGUGGAGACUUUCUUUUCAACUUGAUUUUCUCCAAAACAUGGAUUCAUCAUCCAUGUUUGGAGGUUUGGGUUUGGAUUGACUUGUAUUAAUAUGGUGGAGUGGGCACAAAAUGCAGUUCUGAGUUGCAUGGCCACAGCAGGUUUGCUGUCUUACGGAAGAAAAAGUGCUGUGUCUGUACUGACACCUAUUUUAACUUCUCUGAAGCUAAGGAGCAAAUGAAAUAAAUAGAAUUCUAUUUUUUCUUAUUUGGUUUAAACUUCCCAAAUUAUUCCUGGGAAUAGGAAAAGGUUAAUUUUUAAUUUGUGUAUAUGCACUCACCUUUCUUGUCAGUAGUGGGGAGAGCGGUAAUUCUGUGAGUUGUGUGUUGUGCUUCCUGGAAAGCAGCAAGUUGUGCAUUUACGCACAGCCCAGAAGUUGUGCACAGGUCUGGGUUGCUCCGUGAGUGGGGCUUUUCCCCCAGUGUGUGUCUGUAACACCUUGUUCUGUGGGAGGGAAGAGCAGUGUUCCUGCAGAGCGCUCCCAGUGACCUCGCUGGAGGGAGGAUUGCACAUGGGAGGUGGUGUGUGCGUCCCAAAAAUGAUCGCCUGGUGACGAGGAACACUGAUGGAACUGAGUGCUGGCUUUGCCUGCGGGUGUUGCACACAUUUGGGAAUGGCUGUUGCUGAUCCAGGGCAGUGUGGAAAGACAGUGACUCCCUUCCCUAUGUACAGUGUCUGUUUUUAGCAAAAUCACAACUCUGAGCUUCUUGUCCAGUUCUUGGUAGGCUGAACAAACCUGACUUUUUAUGUCUCAAGGUCUUACAUGAGGAUUUUGGAAAAUUGGCUUUUAAGUCUCAAUGUUUCUCUCUCUUGAAGCCCAGCUUUUAAAUAAUUGUCCUGUAAAGUAGCGGACUAUUAAACAUGUUUAUCAAAGCUGAUGUUGAAAUAGUUUUCUUAAUAUUUUGUGGGUUUGUUCUCUUUGAGGUUUUGGAAUUGCUAAGUGGUUUCCAAUGUGCUGUUGUGUAGGCAGGAACUGUUCUUUUGGUGCAUGGAAUGUUGGCACAGAAGAUUUGGAGGGGCUGGUGAACUCCCUCGCUUUGGUAGAGUGUUGAGCAGGGGAUUGCCGUAGUGCCAAUGGAAGUUGCCUUUUGCUUACAGCUUGUUUCUUCUGCCAUAUUUGCACAUCUGGAGAGUGACUGGAUUUGGGGAAGGGGUGUUUUAAAGGUGAUGUUCAUCUGUUCAUUGGUGAAGUCUGCCACAGGCUGUGUGGAACAGCACCUGAGAGAAGGUAAAUGCCAUAGUAGGGAUACUUUUUUUUGGUGCUUUUUGCCCUAAUUGUGUUGUUACUCAAAAAGAAAGACACUUAAUCUUAGUACCACUGCUUUUGUGCCAGAGACAAAUAUUUUCUUGUUUUUCAAUUAGUAGAAAAUGUUAAUUUCCAUUUCCCCCGUUUAAUUACAUGCCCAAUGCUGGUAGUUCAGUGCAUGGGCUGCUCUUAACAUACACAUAGGCUACAUGGAAGGGGAGGGUCAAAAACAACUGGAUGUGAUGUGCUUCUGUAUCAGGGCUGCUCAAGACUUCACUGUCUGCAGAAAAUAGUGGCAGGUGAUGGAGGUUUCUUGGUUCUUCCCCUCAAAGCAGAAAUAGCUCAAUUCCUGUAAGGGGAAAAAAAAGAAUAGUGCUGCAGAGAGUGUUAGAUUAGAGCUCUCUGGAUGGGCCACCUUUGCCAGCAAAAUGUCAUGUCCAUGUUGUUAAUGAGCAACUGAUGGAAUGUUUUAAUUGAGGUUAAUGGACAAAGAACUCCACAUCUGCACUUGUCCUCCAUGAAGAACAACACCUACCCCUGCUCAUCUGAAGGUGGCAUUUCAGCAGUGACAGACCGACAAAGGCUGUAGAGGUAAGGCAGCAGUGCAGGGCUGUGCACUCCCAAAUCUUGGUCUGUGUCCCUCUGGGGACGGAGAUGAGACUUAGGAAGUACUGGAGUGAGACACAGUCCCACACACUCCCUUAUACAGUAAAAACAUCAGGUCAUUUUCUUAGUCACUGGGAUUUGGACCAUAUAGAAAUGGUAACUAGAGAUGAAAAGCUUUUAAUUGCAUUACUGGUUGUCAGGUGAAUUCUCACUUACAGCACUUGCACAGGAGCAGGAGGAUAAGGCUCCGAAUCACUGAGCUGAUGAGUGUUCACUUACCACAAGUAAAUGAAGAUUUCAUUUGAGCAUGCUCUCCUGGAAGAUGAAGAGCCUGAUGAGUUUCGUCCUUUCCACUUUUAUUAAACGCACAAUGCCUCCAGUCUCAUUUGGGGUGCCUGUCUAGAUCUUGUCGUGUCUUUCCAUUCUGGAGGAGGCUUAGAGUACUUGGGACUAUCUUGCACCCUGUGAAUUCAGUGAAGGAUUCAACACCUGCACUGCCUAGGUACUCAGGAUGUCUCAGCAUUUGGCUUCAGAGGGAAUUUAAGACCCCAGUCACCUGCAGAACAUUGUAAAUCAGCCAUCAGCUGGAGAAUUGUGUCCUCCACUCUCUGACAGUGUUGGUUACAGGAAGCCGGCUGGAAUGGUGCCUGUGCUGUGCAGGUUGGCUCUCAAACAAGGAGUUUUGAAAACAAAAAGCUGCUGUCAGGAAGAGCCACCCGCUCUGGGCACAAAAGGCAGAUGAUGCCUUCUGCAGCCUGGCAGCUAUGGCACCAGCAUAUGUGUCUCUGGUUCUUAGGGACAUCUAUCAAGACGUUGCAAAGUAAGUUAUUCAUACUAACAUCAGAAAAAGUCCUACAGUCUGUGGAGUUGGGAGAGAGGUUCAGCAACAGAGAACUGCUCUUGAAUAGAGAGAUUACAAGGAAUGCCACAGCAAUCACAACUGCCAUAUAAGUAAUGUGAGUAUGAAAAUGAAGGCACAGAUCAGUGUUAAGCAGCAACACCUUUUUAUACAACUUCCUUAUGGGCCAUGCUGAGUAAAAGUAAAUGAAAACAGGUCAGUGCCCUAUUAGAGAAAUGCAGGGUAAUAGCAGUCCCCUCUUAGCUCAGAGCAGAAAAUACCUUCUCUUUAUCUGUAUUGAGCAGCUUUUUGUCAUCUCUGUUUUUCAGCUUGCCCGGUGCUUCCGCAGUUGGCAGUGAAGAGUGGAAGAUGAACAAUCUCCCAGCACGUUCUGCAGCCUGUUCCAAAGACACCACAUUGGCACCUUUAUUACUGCAAGGUUAACAAGCCCGUACUCACACACUGCGGGGCUCUCAGAGAACAGUGGAGGCUUUCUGCAAGCUCCUCGGAGGUAAAGAAUUCAUUCCCAGACUCAGAGCCUGAGGGAAUAAGCCCCCAAACAAACAGGGGCUUUUCUCUCAGUAAGUAGCAGUCCAACACACAGCUUUGCCGGCCCAGGCAUUCUGACACCAUGUCCUCCUGAGGAAAAGGAGGAGUGCCUCUCUUGGAGACUUUCCAAUUGGAUACAAGCACUGUGCAACAGGCAUCAAAAUACAAAUACUCACAUUGGAUCAAAUUAAAAGGAAAUGCAGUUUAACAGAAAAACUCAGUUCAGGCACACUGGUGUUCCAUACAGUUUUAUAAAUGGGUGACAAUUCCAUCCCUGUGGCAGAUUGCACAUUGAAAUCUACACUGCCAAGACGGCAGACACAAAUCAGAAAUCGUCAUGUUCACAGGACAUUCCACCUUUCAAAAUAAGCUGUGGCAUUCUGGGAAACCAGAAAUCCCUCUGCUAUGGCAGGAACACAACUGAAGACAGCACUGGCUUUUCAAAGAGCUGAAGUUUCACCCCUAAUAUUUCAAGAACAGUUACUUUUCAUCACAAAUGUCAAUUUCUUCAGUUCCUUUUAAGAAGCUUUCUCCUGAAGGAUGAAAGACUUCCCAAAUACCUGUUUAUCCUGAUAGGCAUCAGAAAUUACUGACAUUGCUUUUAUCAAAAUUUCUGAAGUGUGUAUAUAUUAACAAUAUUUGUUUUAUGAUCUCGUCAUCAUAGUUAUUAUCCCCGUUAUUGUUGCUACUAUUAGUAGCAUGUACUGUCAUUAAUGUUACAUGAUUAUAUAUUUCUUGGUUUCCAUUA